AAGUGAUCGUUUCCACGCAAGAGUGCUCACUCUGUGAACUUCGCCCACUGUGGGGCUCGACGCGAUGGCUGCUGCUGCUGCUUCUCUGGGGGAAGUUGGAGGCGUCCUGCACGGCAUCGCUGAUGGGCUCACGCACGUCGGCUCCCACUUCGUCCUGACCCCACUGGUGGAAGGUCCCACCCUGCUGGGGGAGCACCUCGUACCCGGGGACCGGCUGUCCCGCAGCACCCCGGCGGAUUUAACGCACCUCAAAGGGAUCCUGAGGAGGAGACAGUUGUACUGCAGGACGGGCUUCCAUCUGGAGAUACUUCCGGAUGGCACCGUGCAGGGGACCAGAAAGGACCACAGUCGUUCCGGGAUUUUGGAAUUCAUAAGCCUGGCUGUUGGCUUAAUAAGCAUUCGAGGAGUGGACAGUGGACUCUAUCUGGGGAUGAAUGAUAAAGGAGAGCUAUAUGGCUCUGAGAAGCUGACAGCCGAAUGCGUCUUCAGGGAGCAGUUUGAGGAGAACUGGUACAACACAUACUCGUCCAACCUCUACAAACACGGAGACAAAGGGACUCGCUACUUUGUGGCUUUGAACAAAGAUGGGACACCGAGAGAUGGGACUAAAUCCAGGCGGCAUCAGAAAUUCACACACUUCUUGCCCAGGCCUGUUGACCCUGAUCGCGUGCCAGAGCUGUACAGGGACAUCCUGGGCCACAGCUGAGACCCGCCUGUAGGUUCAGGGCGGGGAUUACUGCUGCCACCCUCGCAGGCAGCGAGCGGAUGGACGCAGGCGGUGCAGGCUGCCCAACCGGCAGGGAUAAAGGCACCCAGGGCCCCUCGGAGGAAUGCACGGGCAUCUCUCAGCGGCCGCACACAGGCUAGACUGUCUGACUUUGUCAGUCUGCACGCUCGGCAUGAGGGGUUCAUUUGUCUGUGUGGACGGAAGAGCCUCAAAGUACCUGCGUGGAAUAGGAAACCAAAGGGAAGCGGCCUUCCCACUGGCGGGAGACCGUGGGAACAUGUUUAUUUGGGGGUUGAUUUGGUCUAUUCCGAAGGACUUUGAAGGAAAUCACUGACUUUUUGUUUUUUUUGAAAAGAAGAGCAAACGUGUAAUGGUUUAUUUAUUCCUUUUAGAUACAUAUAUUUAUGUUAUAUAUUUAUUUAUUUCAGAAUAUAUUUUUACAUUUAGAUACAUGCAAUAGAGAAACCACUAGAAACUAUAUGACCUAUGUAAAGCAGUGGUGUCCAAAGUGUGGUGGUUUAAAUAAGAGAUACAAAAUAAAAUGCAGUCAUCCCUUGCAGCUUCACCACAUCGCAAUUUUGUUUUUAAAUAUAUUUUUUAGACAUCCAUCUAUCCUUCCAUUUUAUACCGCUUGUCCCUCUGGGAGCCAACUCACAUUCACACACUAGGGCCAAUUUAGUGUUGCCAAUUAACUUAAUAUAUUCUACAUUUUUUUGGUCAAAAAUGAAAGGGGAACAUUAUCACAAUUUCAGAAUGGUUAAAACCAUUAAAAAUCAGUUCCCAGUGGCUUAUUAUAUUUUUCGAAGUUUUUUUCAAAAUUUUACCCAUCACGCAAAAUCCCUAAAAAAAGCUUCAAAGUGCCUGAUUUUAAUCAUCAUUAUAAACACCCGUCCAUUUUCCUGUGACGUCACAUAGUGAAGCCAACACAAACAAACAUGGCGGAAAGAACAGCAAGCUAUAGCGACAUUAGCUCGGAUUCAGACUCGGAUUUCAAGCGAUUCAACAGAUUACGAAUGUAUUGAAACGGAUGGUUGUAGUGUGGAGGCAGGUAGCGAAAACGAAAUUGAAGAAGAAACAAAAAAAAAACUAUUGAGCCAUAUCGGUUUGAACCGUAUGCAAGCGAAACCGACGAAAACGACACGACAGCCAGCGACACGGGAGAAAGCGAGGACGAAUUCGGCGAUCGCCUUCUAACCAACAAUUGGUAUGUGUUUGUUUGGCAUUAAAGGAAACUAACAACUAUGAACUAGGUUUACAGCAUAUGAAAUACAUUUGGCAACAACAUGCACUUUGAGAGUGCAGACAGCCCGGUUUUCAUCAAUUAAUAUAUUCUGUAGACAUACCCUCAUCCGCGCUCUUUUCCUGAAAGCUGAUCUGUCCAGUUUUGGAGUUGAUGUCAGCAGGCCAGGGAAGCUAGGGUCGAUAGGGGGUUUAGCUCGCUCGUCUGCGGGAACAAACUGCCGCUAUUGCUUGCCGUGCUACCGAGGACCUUUGUCCCUGAAUUGCUCACACACUCCGGCAGAUUCAAUGGGGGUCUGGCGGCAGAUUUCUUUGACUUUAUCGUUGGAAAUGCAUCUGCUUUGAGUGUCGCAGGAUAUCCACACAUUCUUGCCAUCUCUGUCGUAGCAUAGCUUUCGUCGGUAAAGUGUGCGGAACAAACGUCCAAUUUCUUGCCACUUUUGCAUCUUUGGGCCGUCCCUGUUCGUGUUGUUACACCCUCCGACAACACACCGACGAGGCAUGAUGUCUCCAAGGUACGGAAAACAGUCGAAAAAACGGAAAAUAACAGAGCUGAUUUGACUCUGUGUUUGAGAAAAUGGCGGAUUGCUUCCCGAUGUGACGUCAUGUUGUGACGUAAUCGCUCCGAGAGCGAAUAUUAGAAAGGCGUUUAAUUCGCCAAAAUUCACCCAUUUAGAGUUUGGAAAUCGGUUGAAAAAAAUAAAUGGUCUUUUUUCUGCAACAUCAAGGUAUAUAUUGACGCUUACAUAGGUCUGGUGAUAAUGUUCCCCUUUAAUUAUUUUCAAGCAUACAAAUGACUGGGGAUAAAAAAUCAAUACUACAGUAGUAUUUGCCACUAGAGGAGACCAAACCAUUUCGAGCGGCAGUUCAGUAUCCUGGCUACUGAUUGGCUCAGCCUCAGGAAGCAUUCCUAUACUGGAUUAAAAGAAUGUUAAGGCGACUAUAGGGUGUUAUUUCAUGUCUCGAGGGUUCUCAUAAUGUUAAAAAUGUAUGUAGAAGGUUGUAAACAUGCUUUUUAAUGCUCCAGCUAUGAAAAUAUUUGAUUUAUAAUUAAGGAUUUCUACUUCUCGGAAAUGUAUUUAUCUCGAUUAUGCCCGAUAACGAUUAAAAGCGUUAAACGAGGGAUUACUGUGAUAAUAAUAAAUAAUUGAUUAAAAUUGACCAAAAAUGUAAUUUUUUUUAAAAAGGCACAUUUUUUUUAAUGCUAAUUAUAACGUAAAGCUUUAUUUUUUUAAGUCUUUUUUAAAAUUAUAUCAAAAUGGCCUCCUGCAUCUUCGAAUUUUUCAGUAUGAGUUUGGACACCACUGAUGUAAAGAUUGAUACACUGUACUAUUUUUGUUGUCUAUCCUGAGGAAAGCUUCCUACUACUGUACCCGCCAACAAUAUAUUGGUGACAUUUGUAACUCAGUGCAUUUCAUCACAAGUGUCAGUUCCAGCCAGGCCACAUAAGACAAGUGAUUCAUGUCAAACAAUAAAUAAGAAUAUCACCA